GUAUUCACGUACAGAUUUUCCAGAGAAACGGUAUCAUAAUAUUUUUCGAUUAACUUCAUGCGAAAAAUAAUCUUCACGGGUAAAAAGUUCUAGGGACACAUAUAGAAUUAUUAGGGUUGAUUUUAUUGCUUAAAACGGUAAACAUAAUAAAUAAGAUAGAAGGGUGGUAUCUCGAAACCAGCUUUUUACAUAAGAUUGUAAGCAUGGAUCAGUUGCAUCUGUGACUGACUAGUAGUGAAAUUUCUAACGCUGACUUUUCCCAUCUGACAGCAAACGUGGGUUGUCGCCAUAUUCCAGUUAAGGGGGCGACCCGUCAAAUAAGUGGUUUUGAAAGUAAAUUUCGUGAUUUAGAAUUGUGACAGCGCAAAGCUAUAGUAAAUAUGACCUCUAAAGCAGAAAAAGACCGCCAAAAACAAAUUCAAGAUAGGUGUCAAGCUCUAUUGGCACAGAUGUUGAGAGAUGAAGACAAUAAGUAUUGUGUUGAUUGUGAUGCUAAAGGACCGAGAUGGGCGUCAUGGAAUUUAGGUAUAUUUCUGUGUAUAAGAUGCGCCGGUAUACAUAGAAACCUAGGUGUCCACAUUUCAAAAGUGAAAUCUGUUAAUUUAGACACUUGGACGCCGGAGCAAGUUGUUAGCCUACAACAAAUGGGCAACAGCCGUGCGAGAGCUGUUUAUGAGGCCAAUCUACCUGAUAACUUCAGGCGACCACAGACAGAUUCUUCACUGGAAGCUUUUGUUCGUGCAAAAUAUGAGCAGAAAAAAUAUAUUGCACGAGAAUGGGUUCCACCACCAAUACCAAAGGUCAAUUGGGACAAGGAACUGGAAGAGGAAGCAGAACGACAGAGGAAGCGUAAGAAGGAAGCAAAGCAGCAGCAGACCCGAAAAUCGACAGGAUCAUUAACAGAAGUAACAGUGCCUCAGUUGCUCCCAAAACCUAAAGGAUCAACUAGCCCCAAACCUGGCCGGCCAAAUCCUGAGGCUGCCAAGCAGCAGAAGCAAACCACACAGGAUCUCCUUGGUCUUGAUACACCAGUUGGUGGUGCUCCUCCUGGUAGUACAGCAGAAGAUGCUUUCACGGGCUUCUUGAGUGCACCAGCUCCACCAACAACAACAGUGGCGAGUAGCUCCACAGUUGAUAACUCUGAUGCAUCAAAACCUGCAGGGUCACGGCAAGAGGGUGGUCGCUCAGCUGAAGAAGAGAGCUUCUUUAAUCAACCUGCUGCAGGAACACAGGAGAAACGACAACUCACGAAGGACUCUAUUUUAGCACUCUAUGGGACAGUUCCUUCUCAACAGUUUUCCAUUCCUGGUGGUGCAUUUACUCAGCCCACUACAGCAUUCCCGCAAGUUGCAGCAGCUGUGCCUUAUGCGGUUCCUGCUACAGCUACUGUCCCAAAUGGUAUGAUGCCAGGAGCAGCCAUACCAGCAGCACCAAUGCAGAAUGGAGUAUUUGGUGGCAUACCAAAUGUGGCACCUCAGGCUACUACAGCAAGUUUAGCAGCAUCCAAUCCUUUCUUCAAUAUGGCAACACCAAAUGUGGCCCCUGCUGCUAACCUUGGCUAUCCAGUUGCACAGCUUCCACAACAGAUGGCUCGUCUGAACUUGGGUGCUCCAGUGGUUACUGCCCAGGUUCCAGGUAUGAUGGGCAUGCCCAUGCAACCAGUUUCAGCCAUGAGUAUGCCUACAAUGGGUGUACCUGCAAUAGGUAUGACAGCAACUACUACACCAGCAAUGGGCAUCAGUACUUUCGGCCAGCCAGCGAAUCCUGGACAUACAUUGGCAACUAAUUUAUGGCAAUAGAAUUAUAUGAAUUUGAUUGUGUAAAAUAUAGUACUUGAUAGGGAGGUAGAUUUGUUGCUGUGAAACUACACAAAAUCACGGAGUAUUGUAAAGUGUGAGAUUUUAGAAUCUUUAAUUUCUGUUGCUUUCUACAAUAUUUACUACAAACAGCUUCUCAGCUUCAGUUGAACUCUACUUUUGUGUUGUUCUGCAUGUAAUGAGUUUUAAUAAUCAUUGUUUGAUAGCCUGUCCACAACACACAGCAACAAGCAAAGUUGGGACCAUUAAGCAAUCAGUGCAUAAGCAUGGAGACAGAAGCAGUGUUUGGAUUAUAUGGUGUAUGAAAAGUUGAUAUUGUUGCCUUGUAAGUGUGCAAGCAGCAGGCAGUUGUGUCUGUGUGUUGUGGUGAAAUUCAUUGAAUGUGUUGCCAACAUACUUAAUUUGAAGUUUUAUGAGUAUUGCAUACAUUAGCUAAUAUCUCACAUUGAAAACAGAAAUUCUACCAGUUCUCAGUUACAGUGCAGUGGAAGAAUUUGAGCAGAUACCAAAAAUUGGAAUAUUUAUGCCUUUGAUAUUAUUGCCAUGCCUAAGUGUACAUAGGGAGGUACAUGAACUGCACAUAGCAGACUAUAGGAUUUCUCUUAGUGGUGCUACAGAGUUCAUUGCCUGUAUGUCAGUGUGCAACAGGCAUAUAGAAUUACAGUGUAUAUUCCACAGUGGUAGUAAUUGUUUGUGAAAUGGCUUAAAAGGGCAAUCUCAAAUUUUUGUUGUUAACAGUGUUUUUUUUUUAAAUACAUAAAUGUAUUGUUCGUUCACUGUACCUUGGUAUGUAUGUGGCUUCUUAGUUUGUGUGUGUGUGUGUGUGUGUGUGUGUGUGUGUGUGUGUGUGUGCGCGCGUUUGGUUUGUAUUUUGUUUCAGAGAGAAAAAUGCAGUGAGUGCUUUUAUAUACAGAAUGCAGUAUCGUUUAUAGGUGCCUCAUUCAUCAGUGUAUAAAACAGUGGGGUCAUUAUUUGUAAAAAAAAAGUUAUUUGUUUUUGAUACCUGCAUCUUGAUAUGUGUAAAGUAUCGUUUUCAUAUUGUAUAUUGAGUAAAUAUGAUAUUAAAGAAUAUUGUAUGGAAGUGUGCAUAUCCAAUGGAAUUUGUAGUAAAAAUGUGUUGAGAGCUGUAGCUUUUAGCAAACUGUGUGUAGAUGUUAUUUUUAAUAGGAUUUUGUUAAUAUGUCUUAUUGUGAGUUGUGUGUUUUCAGUCAGUUCACAUAAAAAAUAUUGUGGUAUUAAUGACUUCCUUCACAUUAAAUAUGGAAGUGACUGAGGUCCUAUAUGUGACUAGUCAAAAUGCUAUAACAAAAUUACGCAUAGCAAUAUUCUUGAAAGACUACCUCAGAUCCAUUACAUUAAGGAUAAAAGUCUGAUUGGUACAAAUUUAAAGUUUUUAUUUAACAUCAAAAAUUCAUUAUUUAUUGGUACUUUCCUGCUGGCUGUAGAAGUGCCUGGUGAAAUAUAUAAACCCUUGCUCAGAGAUGAAAAGAUACUGUACAACUGUGAACUGCGAGAAAUUGUAUAUAAAUAUGUUUUGUAUUUUGUCAUUGUUAUGGGUACAAGUGGAAAUAAUCAAAUUUCUUUACAUUCCA